CAGUUACCAUUAUACUUGUUAACAGCUGCUAAGACAAAGCAGAUAUUGAUAGAAUUGAAGAAUGGCGAGACCUUGAACGGUGGCCUAGUCAACUGUGAUUCGUGGAUGAACUUGACGUUGAAGGAUGUCAUUCAGACAUCUUCUAAUGGGGAGACUUUCUUGAAGAUUCCUGAAGUCUACAUCAGAGGAAACCACAUCAAGUACUUGAGAUUGCCAGAAGAAAUAAUGGACUAUGCUAAAGAACAAAACAUCUUGAACAUGGAACAGAGAAACAGAAACCAAAAGAGAAGAGGAAACAGCAACUACAGCCACAACACUAAUAACAACAAUAGAAGAGGAGGAAACAGAAACGGAGGAGGUUACAACUCGGGCCGUCGUUUCAACGGCAACAACGCUAACGCCAAUGCUAAUGCACACAGCAACACCAACCAAGCCCAGAACUAG